UAGUUCCUUAGUUUCCGCCUACUCAAACAUACCUAUAUUUAUUGCUCUUCACUGUAGUACAACAACAUAUACACGCAACAUGGCAUCAUUAUGGUUCACUCUCACGGUAAUCCUUUACAUUAUCUCCGAAAUCAUUGCUGUUCCUUUACGAAUCGCACCACAAAAAAACGAAUACUCUAGUUUGGAUGGAAAUCUGGAAAGUGGCCUGUCAGGACAGGGGUAAGUUUGCCAACUGGAUGCUUGUUGUCUGAAAUUCCUAACACAGUGUUAGUCUCAAGUUAAAGCUUCUUUCAGAUUUUGAACUUUAACUUGACUAAGUAAACUGUUAAUACAAGAUAGUUAUUAAACUAUCGGUUAAGAAGAUCUAAAGAUGUACGUCUAACCGUAUAAAUUACUUAAUAAACUACAGCUGUAAGAAUGUUUUGAACUGCAAUUUGACUCCUAUAUAAGAAGUACAAUUUGAAUGCUUUACAUAAUGUAUGAACAAUAUAGUACACAGCUUUUGUCUUGGCCGUAUAGUACCUGAGAAAGAUGACGAAAACUUAGGUGAUUCACCAUAAGGGCACCAGCUUCCCAAACUGUCGAAACAUCGACGUUUUUGUCACAUUUUAGGUAGUUAGGAGCAAAAUGAAGACGAAAUACCAUUUUUAUAGAGACUUGUAAGAAAAUAACCAGAAUUUAAGAGACUAGACUUGUGAAGAAUUUGCCCGAAUACUUCUUGAUUUCUUCAGUAUUUUCCCGAAUUACCUUGGUUUUACUGGUUUCUCAAAUUAGAUAAUUUGUUCUUCUAGAAUACAAAAUAUACGAAUUCGACGAGCAGCAAAUCCAAGUCCAGCUGGUUGUAAGAACGGAAAUCCUUUUGUUUUAGCAAACGUUCCUCAAUGUCAUGUCGCAAAUGCAAAAUACAAUGCAGAAAUGAAGUUAUGCUUAGUAGAACUUCUCCACGGUAAGAUGUCACUGGAUUUUGCUUUCAACUUAGUUAAUAUUAGUGUUCAAAUUAAUACCAUACAUGUAUUAUUGCAACCUGGGGAAUGUCUUAAUGAUACACUGGAUCAGCUAAUUUCGUAAGGCUUGUUUAAUUAAUAAAAGGAAUCAACAACGUUUGCGUGCAAUUUGGAGUGUAACUUGGAUUAAGCAUGCACAAGUGAUUGUGGAGUUUUUAAAGACGGUCCAAAUAGUCCGAGUACGAAGGACGUGUGGAAUUUGAAGUCUUUGAAAAACUCUCGAGACUUUACCUAUGCUCACUUGAAUGACUCAACAACUUAUGAUAUAAGCUUACAACUGUCAGAAGUCAAAACGUAAAUCAAAGUGUCGUUUAUUUGGGCGCAUACCACACUGUUACUUUCUUGGCACUGAAUUUGUUACUAUUUUGGCAUAAUGUGGAUAGUGCUGAGCUUGGAGUCAAAAUCAAAGAGAAAUAGAUUCGUGCCCGCCACAUGAUAUAUUAUCGUUUUCUUUGUAUAGGUAAUAGAGUGCAAUUGGGAAAAAACAUGGUUUUUAAGUUUUUGACUCAUAAGUGUACGUUUUUUCAAAUUGCACGAGAAACCAUACUAUUAGUUAUUAAUAAUACACAUAAAAAAAUUAACACCAGCCAUUUUUUUACAAAAAAAACGCCAGUCAAUUUUGUCACUCCUAAAAACUCCUAUAAAUGUGUUUUUCUAUUGUUUCUGCUGCAAAUUACUCUAUCUUAUUGGCUAUCUUUGUUAUUGUUUCAUAUUUUAAGCCAAUCAGAAAGCCUAAAUAGUCAAAGAAAUUUGCACUGUAUUUCGUUUUUUGCACUGUAUUUCAUUUUUUGGCACUGUAUUUCGAAAAAUUGCACUAACUAUAUAUUAGACAAUCAGAAUUGUGAAUGUUUUCCCUGUAUAUUAUUAACAAUGUAAUAGUGCGAAAUUCGAUACCACUUCUUGCCUUACAAAGAAAUAUGUAAAAUGUUCAUGUUUCGUGUAUGAAUAUAUUUCUCUUUCAUCUUGACCGCCAACACAACACUUAACCUUACAUUACGUCAAUUCAUGUUAUAUUAAAAUUUAAAUUUAGUGCAUAAAUAAAGAUAUAUAAAUGUUGCGGGUACCUUGAAUGAUCUAAGCAACGCCUUAAUCUAAAGGGGGUCUUUUUUAGUUAACGGACGUCUAUACUAGAGAGGGGCGUUUCACACGGAACAUUUUAGCCUCUUUGAACAACAUUUUCCAAUUAAUUGGCAGAGUGAACCAUUUAACUUCCAUAGCCCAUACACUCCAUUACAUUAUCUAAUAGACGCCCCUGUAGGGAGUGAGCGUUUUUUUUUUAUAAGGCGCUUUAUAUCUAUUACAAAGUUCUUGUUUGACUUGAACGUUUAUUAGACAGAAGGCGUGUAGUAGAGAGUUUAUUAGACAAAAGGCGUUUACUGAAUCAUUUACGAUCUUUGGAAAAGAUUGCGGUGCCCAAACAAAGUUUAGCAUUGCUUCGUAUUCGCUGCGUGAGUUUGUUAAUGUGUUAGUUUCUUAUAUAAACUCGAAUGGUCAGUGUCAGCGUAGUUGUAAUGAUAAAAACACCAGAUAGCUGCGGAUUGAGAGGGUUUCAACAACCUGAAAAGUACAAGUAAAACUUCAACGUUUCAAGCAAGGGCCCUUCGAAGGGCUUCCGCACGAAACGUCGAAGUUUUUCUUGUUAGUCUUGGUAUUUAUUCAAAAAUAGCAUGUCUUUGCGCUUGUGAUGCACUUGUUCUGCGCAUGCUCCAUGGAACCGCACUGUUGUAAUACGUCUUGUUAAGGUAGAAAUCGCUGAUUUUUUAAUUAGGAAUGUGAAUAUUGAAAAACUUACAUUUUGUGUCCUUUUUGUAGUCCCAGGAAUGCCAGACGGAAGUAAAGGGUAUAACUACAUCGCGUUCAACCACUUUCUGUACAAAAUUUACAAUGCAACAAAUCGUGUAGACAUCGUGAAAUGUCCAACAACGUCUACGCCGAAACCAGCAACAACAAAUUCGGGAACACAACCACAAACAAAACCUGCUACAACAAGUGUACCUAAAACAACACAGCCAAAACCAACAACAGUCGUAAAGAAAACGGAGCUUGAUACAAAUACAUCAGGAAAUACGCCAUCAACGGCUGCAAAACAAGUUGUUGUUGCGUCAUCGUAAACGAACAGCUACGAAAUUUACAAAAGUUUGCUGCUGUAAAAGGAGUUUGCUGUCGAAUUCAACUGGAUGAAUGACGGAACUGCAUUGGCCUCAAUUGCGAGUUUAAAUAUACGAAUGCAAUCUCGAAACGCUGGGCCCAAAUUAAAAUUAAUUUUCUUUCGAGUUAGGAGAAAAUAUGACUGAUAUUAGAUAUUAUACUCGUAUAUAGACAAUCAAAUCAAGCCAUCUUAUAACAGGCAUAAACUCGCCAACUUAUAACAGGAAUUAAAUGAUAACUUAUUUUUGAUAUUAAAGUGACUUUGUAUUAUAUUUAAAUUUAUAUAUAUAUAUAUAUAUAUAUAUAUAUAUAUAUAUAUAUAUAUAUAUAUAUAUAUAUAUAUAUAUAUAUAUAUAUAUAUAAUUCAGUCAAGGUUUGAAUGUUUGCGUCUCUACUCUGAGUUUCACGCUUUACGCGAUCAUCA